AAGCCCUAGAAAAAGCACACCAAGCCUUAAUGGAAGAACACACAGCAUUGCGUGAUCAAUGUGAUGAUUUGCAAGCAGAACUGGAAGAAACGAAACACAAGAAGAGAUAUGAAAAGCAAGUUGCAGAAAAUCUGAAGAAACUCUCUGAAAAGGAGGCUGAAAUAAUUGAUCUUUCUCGCAAGAACGAAUUACUCUCCGAACAAGCAAAUGAAGCUGCGAGACUAAAGGAUCAAGUUGAUGAAUACAGACAUGCUGCUGACGAGCUCAGGAGAAAAGAAAAUGUCAUUGAUAAAUAUAAAAAGAAAUUGGAAGAAGCUGCGGAUUUACGGCGAAAUUAUAAGACUCUAGAACAAGAAAAUCGCACCCUUGCCGAACGUAAUCAAGCAAUUUUAGAGGAGUAUGAUAAAGUUGCUUGUUUCAAAGGAUUAAUGGAAAAUUAUAAAAAACAACUUGAUGAACUUCAAUCUGAAAAAAUAGAAUUGGUUAAUCAAAAAAAUAAAUUCGAGUACGAAUAUAGGCACAUGAAGGCAAAAAUUGAAGCAUACGAUAUGGCCCAAUCACGUGAUCAAGAGACCAUACAUUUGUUAGAAGAUAGAUUACGAGAAUUAGAGUUAGGUGAAGGAGAGCCUUUAAAAUUAGAUGAUGAAAAAAUUGAAGUAGAUGAUAUUAUUGACCAUUCUAUUAACGAACUUUCGGAUGCUCUAAAAGGCGACACAAUGACAAGUUUGAGAUUGAAGAUUAACGAACUUCAACGUGAAUUAUCUAGGUUACGCGAGGGUAAACCCUCGGAUGAUGAUGCAAAUACUCAACUUCUAGUAUUAAAGCAUCAAGUUGAUGAUGCAAAUCGUGUCAAAGCUAGAUUUGAAACGGACUAUGUUAAAGUUCAAAAAGAAAAACUUGUAUUAGAAUCUGAGCUUGAACGAUUACAAGCAGAAAUGUCCAGUUCAUCUAACAGUGUAAAUAAAAAGGAACACAGGAUAAGUUUCGAGAGAGAUCAAAAGGAACUAUUGGAGACUAGAAAGCAACUUCGAGAAACACAGAUGAAAUUAGAUCGAGCUGAGAGGGAAAUGGGUGAAGUCAGACCUGAUUCUAACACCGAAGCUAGAAUUAAAGCAUUAGAGGAUGAAAAGGAGAACUUGAGGAUUCAAAAUGAAGAAUUGUCUUCUCUGCUUCAAAGUUUUGAAGAUAAAAGCGAAGAUGAUCUUAAGAAACAAAAUGUACAAUUGCACAGAAAGGUUGAACAACUCAAGACUUUGGUUACUGGUCAACAUGAAAUAAUUGAGAAUUACAAAAAUGCAAUUACUUCAUUCGAAGCAGAAAGAGAAGCUCAUGUUGCUGAAGUUAAGCGCUUAGAGCAACUUCACAAAGAAUCUAAAGAACAAGCACAAAAAGAAAUUAGUUUGGUCACAAGUGCUUGGUUCAAUAUGGGUAGACGUAUUCAAGGUGAUCAUGUUUUCUUGCAAAGGCAAGGACCUGCAUCUUUUCUUAAUCAACAACGUUUAAUUCUUGAUACUCAGCCGGAACGAACAUUAAGGUUAUGUGAACUUAGAUCCAGAUAUUUGGCUUAG